AAAAACAGGACCAAGGAGUAUUUCCUUCAAACGUGCAUUUUUGUUUAGGGUAUUUUCGUCCUUUCUCGCGUGCCGUAGACCAGGAAGUGUGCAGGCAAAAACCCAAACAAAUCUGUUAUUUUUUGUCUUAAACGCAAGCGAGCUGAAAUGGACAAUCCCAGUAUAAAGUCCCCUGUUAACGAUUCCCGCUGUGUAUUUUUUAACACGCAUUCGGAGGACUAUCGAUGCGUGGUGAUAUUAACAGCGAAAAGAGCCACGGGAACCUUCUCAUUGGUGGGAUGCAUGUUGAUGCUCUUUGUGAUUUGGCUGCUUCGCCGCUACCACUCGUUGGCACAGAAGAUGAUUCUCAGCCUGACUGUCGCCGCCUUCUUUGACAGCCUAGCGUAUGUCAUGGGUGAAUCCCACCCUGAGGGAUCUCUCUGUGACUUCCAGGCCUGGUGGCUAACAUACUUUGACUGGAGCGCCUUGGCCUGGGUCUGCCUCAUCACGCUGAACCUGUACUUGAACCUGGUCUGGGAGAUGAGCACUCACGCGUGCCAAACGUUCUACCACGUGACAGCGUGGGGGGUGCCCCUGCUCAUGUCGUCCUUGCCCCUGCUCAAAGGUUACUACGGCCCGGCAGGAGCGUGGUGCUGGAUCACAGACGAUCACGUAGCCUGGAGAUUUGGGAUAUGGUACGUGCCGCUGUUUACGCUCAUCCUGCUGAUGAUCUGCUGCUACGCCAGGAUCAUCUGCGUGGCCCAAAACCGGAUGCAGUCGUGGCUGGGAACGUUCAACCCGGAGCGAGAGCGACGAAAGGUCUCGCUGGCCGAGGAGAUCAAGCCGCUCAAGUGGUAUCCGUCUGUUUACCUGCUGGUGUCCGUCUUCCCACUCGUCAACAGGCUGCACGACGCCGUCUACCCGCUGGCUCCGUCCUUCGCCCUCACCCUGCUGCACGCGCUGUCGGCGCCGCUCCACGGCUCGGCCAACGCCGUCGUCUUCGGCCUGGACCGGGGCUGGCGGAGCCUGCUGAGCCCCACCGGAAUGCGGCUGGCUCUGCAGUCGCGGCUGUGUGACAGGACGCGGAUCGGCGAGUACCACGCCGGGACCGCGCGCUACACCCGAGCCGACUUGGCCGACCCGAGCGACGACGACGACGACGACGACGCGCUCUUCUACGCUCCAACUAUGGCGACCCCGAAAGAGCGGGGGGGGCCCUGAGGGAGGCGAGGACGGGCGGGAGGACGACCACGCGGCUUCCUGACAAAGAGAAAUGCGUUGGAUUAGAAAGCCACGGGGAGGCGGAGAGUGGAAGGCGAGAUUGGGGGGGAAAGUCGGGCAGAUAGAAGCCGGAGAUGAGCUGUCAGGUUCCAUUAUUAAUCCCCAUCCUUUACUAUUUAAUAUCCUAAAGACGCGCGCACGCGCACAUACCGAGCAGGCCCGCCCGCAAAACCGCAAGCCGGCGACAGGGGGGGAAAAAAAAAAAAAAAAGCGGCGUUAAAAAGGCUCCGGCUGGAUCCCCGAGGUCUUAAAACAUUCCUCACCGCUGCCCCCAGGACUCCCUCAAGCCGCACUUUUGGCACAGCACCAAGACGGAAAGAGCGAGGGGGGGGGGGGGGGGGACGCUGAAAGGCAAUCAUAACAAGUCGCAAUUACCUUUUCACCUCUCUGCAGGAGACGAGGUGGAAAAGCGGGGAUUUUUUUUUUUUUUUUUUUCAAACGCCGGCGCGUGCCGCUCGCCGGGCGCGCGCUCGCAUAAUUGGCGGAUUCUGGAGCACGACGGCUUCCCUCGCUUAUUUAUACAUGAGCCCCGCCGCGCAGCGCAAAUCCAGCGUUCGCCUUCGCUGCCUCGGUCGGACAGGAUUUGUUUCCGCCGUUUGACACGCGUGUCCAUUUAUCCGUGCGGUUUUUGUUUUUUGUUUCUUGCUUUUUCGUAACUGCAGCAUUUGACAAAAAUUCUCAUUUCUCCUGACGGAACAGUCGCUCGAUUUUGGGGCGCAUCCGCGAAUGUGCCGAACUCCCCUCGAGAGGGAAGGAACGGCGCCUCUGCUGGUUUCAGCCGAGUAGCGCACGGAUCCAUUUUUAACGUUUGGUUAAUAUUUCUGUCAAAAUCCCAAGUUUUCCCAAAAAACCGUCACCUCGUCACAGCGUAGUUUUGCGGAUUAUUGCGCCCAACUCAGGGAGUCCGCUGCCGGCUAGCUCGGGUUAAGUCACGUGACCUCCGCAACGGAAGCGCGUGAAACGGCCAUCCGUCCAUUUUCCAAACCGCUUAUCCUCACAAGGGUCGCGGGAGCGCCGGAGCCUAUUCCAGCCACCUUUGGGCGAAAGGCGAACCAGUUGUCAGUCGGUCGCGGGGCAACAAUCGGGUGGUGUCGCCGCGUUAAUUUCUGUCAUCAGCAGAGGGCGAUAUUGCCCAACACGGCCGCCCCCUGAGAUGGAUGAAAAAGCGAUUACAACACCAAAACAAGAAGAAGAAAUAGAAGCGACUUUCAAUUAUGCUAAUGAAGUUUUGGUAGUCACGGCUAUCGUGAGAGUCGGCCCACAAAAAUAACGGGAAAUGAAUUAAAAAGCAUUUUGGCGUUUUUGAGAUUUUUUGGGGGGCACAUUUGGACAACGACCAAAGAUUAUUUUCCCAAAAAGUUGUCCACAUUUUUUUGUUGAACUGUAUUCAAAACGUCAGACGUUUUAUUUUUAGCUGUGCCUCCUCGUGCUGCUGAGCCUCAUAAACAACAACAACAAAAAACCCACAAAACGCUCAUUUUUCUUUUUUUUUUUUUCCGUGCGUCCGCGUGUCCCUUGGCCGGCGUCCAAAGGAAAAAGGUAAAUGGCGGCACGCGGCGAGCGCUGCCUAGCAACAGCCUCCGCUAUUCCGGCGACGCGUUGCCGUGAUUGGCGGCGUAAUCAUUUAAAUGCGGCCUCCAUUUUGUUGUUGUUGCUUUGAAGGCGUAAAGUGAGCGCUGUCACUCGCCUCUUCCUGACCGGUUGAACUCUUGACCCGACACUUGACCCCUUUGCACCCCCUCGAGCCGUUGAACUUUCCCAGCGGGUCUCGGUGACACCGCCGCGCGUCUGACUUUGCACUUUAACGCGGCUUCGCCACCAUCUUGGGCCAACGCAAACGACGCACGGCGACUCUCCUCCUUUUUUCUUUUUUCGGGUGGCGCCGUCGCCGACUUGACUCGACUCGCACGAGCAGCCGAGACGUUUCGUAACAAAGCUGCGCCGAGGAGUGCGCCGUCCCUCAAUGCCAUCAGUCGUGCAAAGUGUGCCGACAAAAAUGGGAAGAGAUUUGAUAUCGCGGACAUAUUGCAACCUUGACUUAAGAAUUUGAGUCCUCCUUUCAAUUUUCCCAAAUUGAAAUGCCAAUAACCUGUUCCGGUGGACCCCCCCCCCCACCCCCACCCACACACACACACACGCACACAUUUUUUUGUUUUUGUCGGGGGGGUGGAUUGCGUGGAUCAGCUGGUAAAGCGUUGGCCUCACAGCUCUGAGGACCCGGCCGGGUUCGAUCCCGGUCCCGCCUAUGUGAAGUUUGCAUGUUCUCCCCGUGCCUGCGUGGCUUUUCUCCGGGUGGGCUUUUCGGUUUCCUCCCGCAUCCCACAAACAUGCAACAUUAAUUGGACGCUCUAAAAAUUGUCUGUAGGUGUGUUUGUCUCCUUGUGCCCUGCGAUUGCCUGGCGACCAGUCAAGGGUGUGCCCCGCCUCCUGCCCGUUGACGGCUGGGAUAGGCUAACGCGUUCCCCGCGACCCUUGUGAGGAUAAGCAGCAAAAGAAAAUGGAUGAAUGAAAGUAGAAAUGAGCCGAAAGUUACAUGCGCGCACACACGCACUGAAGUAUUUGUUUGUUGAUGUGUGCCUUUAAGGGGUGUGGCCUAGUGUGUGAUGUCGUGAUCUCUUGACUCCACCUCCGGUUGGCUAUUGGCCACGUUGUUAAUUGUGUGUUAGCAUCUUUUCUGUACUCUUUCUCAAUAAAAUGCUAAAAGCGA